AUGUUAGGACCCCACCCGAAGCUCCGACAAUUGUUAAGAACAACAAGAAUACAGCAGCGGCGGCAAAUAUGUGUUUCAACGGAAUUAAGGACUAAACCUACGGAAUGGGAGCAAGCUCGUCCGUUUAAACAAAUUCCCAAAGUGGGACUAUUGAACUUUGUGUACUACAUGCUCCCCGGUGGAAGAUACGCGAAAAUUGAGUUUCCAGACAUGAUGUUGGAUCUACAUCGCCGACAUGGACCACUCUACAGACUGCCAGGCAUUAUGGGCAAGGCGGAGUAUCUUGUGUGCAGUGAUCCAGCUCACUUCGAGCAAGUUUAUCGGGCUGAAGGAUCCUCUCCGGAAAGACAAGCCAAGUCAAUAUUAGACUAUCACCGAAACCAGCACCAGGCGAACUUUUAUCAAGGCGUUGAAGGACUUGUUUCCACCACGGGACAAACUUGGUCAAAAUUUCGCUACACUGUCAAUCCCAUUCUGAUGCAGCCUAAAACUAUUCGUUUAUACUAUCAAGAGAUGUCAAAUGUGCACAAGGAAUUUAUUGAGCGCAUUCGAGAGAUACGUGAUAGCAGCACCUUUGAAGUACCGCAUAAUUUUGAAGACGAAAUCAAUCGCUUGACUCUGGAGUGUGUUUCAGUGAUUGCCUUGGAUAAACAGUUGGGACUCUUUAAAGACAAUCGCAAUGAUCCGCGAGCAAAGAAGCUCUUGGAUAGUCUCGUUGAAGUAUUCGCUCUUGGUUCUGAGAUUGAACUUAAGCCUUCACCUUGGCGUUAUAUAUCCACCCCAUUAUUCAAGAGAACUAUGCGGGUUUUGGACACAAUUCAGGAGCUGACUGUUGGCUAUGUGAAUGAAGCUGUGGAGCGCUUAGAGCGCGAACCGUUCAAUAAACCUGAACAUAAGAAGAGUGUGCUGGAAAAGCUACUGAAGAUUGAUAAGAAGAUUGCCACAGUAAUGGCCAUGGACAUGAUGUUGGUGGGCGUAGAUACGACUGCUAGCACAUUUGCAGCUUGUCUGUUGUGCCUUGCACAAAAUCCGGAUCAGCAAGCGAAACUAAGAGAGGAAGUGAUGCGUAUACUACCUGAAAAGGACUCCGAUUUCACAGAAGACUCUAUGAAGAAUAUGCCAUAUUUGCGAGCCUGCAUUAAGGAAGCUCUGCGUCAUUAUCCUCUACUCUCAGCAAAUAGUCGUAUUAUUAAAUCGGACAUUGUACUUAAUGGUUAUCAAAUACCCAAAGAUACUGCAAUUAUAAUGCUAUCCCAUGGACUUACGAUGAGUGACGAAAACUAUCCCAGAAGCAAGGAAUUUCUACCGGAGCGUUGGUUACGAUCGAAUAAUAAAAAAUAUGCGGGUGGCAAAUGUCCAAAUACGAUGAGAGCAAGUAAUCCAUUUAGCUACCUUCCCUUUGGAUAUGGACCUCGCAUGUGUAUCGGUAGACGGAUUGUCGAGAUGGAACUGGAGUUGGGCAUUGCUCGACUUGUUCGUAAUUUUUAUAUCGAGUUUAAUCACCCAACGGAGAAACCAUUUAAAAGUUUAAUUAUAAAUGUACCAAACAUUCCGUUGAAAUUUAAGUUUGCAGAUGUGGAAUACUAA